AUGUUUGUACUUCUGCUUUUUCCUUUUCCAUAUUCGUGGUUGCACUCAGUAGAGACGAGGAUUGCUGGGGAGCCGGAAAUGAAGCGCAGCCGGCGAGCGACGCAGCAGGAGGAUGUGGUACGGGCGCUUAAGGAAGGCGUGCAGGCGUUGAGUAUUUCGAGCACCCUCUCCACAAGGGACCUUGUUUGCAGGGAGGACCACGCGCGCGCAAUACAAGAGUUCCUUGAAGAUGACAAGUACCGCACCAUGCAAAUAUUUGGAAUGCCUGGUACAGGCAAGACGGCUACCGUGAACUUUGUGCUGGCGCAACUGGCGUCACGGCGGGAUCCGAAACCUACCGCCGUGUUCCUUAAUGGUUUCGUUGUUCAAAAGAGCGCCGAUAUCUAUUAUACUCUCCAUCAUCAUUUGACAAAGGCAAGACUUGGUGUGGCGGAGCGCUGCCCGGUGGCGCAGUGCGCAUCCAACAUUGAGAAGCGCUUCCGGCAUGGAUGGGGAGGCAAGCCGUCCUCUCUGUGCGUUAUUGUGGUCGACGAGGUGGAUAAAAUUCUCGAAAAGCAUUCCAAGGGACUCUUCAAGGUAGUGGAUUGGCUUACCCUUCCGUACGCCAACUGUAAGCUGAUCACCAUCUCCAACAGCAUGGAGCUGCAGCUAGAUGCGAAGACGAAGAGCCGCCUUGGCGUGAUCAAUCAGCUUGUGUUUUCGUCGUAUGGCACUCAGGAGCUGCGUGAGAUUCUUUUGCACCGUGUUGGUGCAAUUGAGCCGAAACUCUUUGCGGAUCAGGCAGUCAAUCAGCUCUGCACGCAGACGGCGUCGCACUAUGGCGACGUGCGGCGGCUUUUGCAGUCUGCGUCCGCUGCUAUUUGUAGUGUCGUAAUGCGUAUUCAGGAUGGCGGAUUCGACGUCCCAUCCACUGGUGGCAUUAUCACGCUGCGGGAGAUCCAUAGUGUUGUGCGACAGAUUUUCCACGACAGGUUUGUGGAGUUUAUCACGACCAUGCGAAUGCCCGUACUGUUCAUCACUGUGGCUGUCAUUGGCAAAGAGACAGAGGAGCUCAUCAGGAAGAGGGACCUGCACUGUCGUCUACCGCUGGAGCGCCUUCUGGCCAUCACGCAGCAGGCGCAGCGGAAGUGCAUGGACGUCUCGCGUCCAAUUUCUCGGGUAGCGUUUCUGGAGGAAAUCGAGCUGCUACGGCAAGUUUCUCUGAUAGAGGUCUGUGUCGGGGAAGACCGCAUUCCCAUUCACUCUGUCGAGGAGCUGCUUGACUGCAAGGAGGACGUCUAUGUGUUGCUGCUCCAACCAUAUCAAAUGAUAGUGGACUCCUGCCGCCUGCACGAUGCAUUUGGCGCAACGUACGGGGCAGCGCUCCACUUGUGA